CAAUAAGCACAAGGGAGAGUGUGGGAGACAGGCUGGCAGAGAUCUCUUCUUGAAGCUUGGUUGCGUCUGGCCACUUCUCUCCAUUCCCACCCUUGCUCAAUGAAGCCAGAAGAGAAUGAAGAUACUUUCUCCAGCUUUUUGCUGGAGGACAUAAAGCAGAAGCUGCUCCAAGCUUUCCAAGGGCAGACAACAGGGGUAGCAAUUACUCCUGCAUUGUCUAGACCUGUUGAAGAUACAGGCCGUGGCAGAAGAGCUGUGCCCACACAGGACCUGCACUCGAGCCACAUAGAAAAGGGCAUAGCCUGGCUUCGCGUAGAAUUGCUUGAAAUGAAGUUCCAGAACCGGAAACUUGCCAGAACUCUGCUGGAUAUAAGUAUGGAAAUUCAGAGGCUGAGAAAUGAAAUUGAUAUGUCAGCAGCUCUAGAAUCAAAAGGUCUAAACAUCUUUGGAAAUUCAGACUAAUAAACUGUAUUAUGAGAUCAAAUCUAGACUGCAACAUGCAUCCUUUUACUGAUUCAAAAAAAACAUUGUUGAUUAAUAAGAGUUUUCCUUAACUCAGUCAAGGGAGUGAUAUGUACAAAAUAAAUUGAUAUCUCCCCUGGA